UCCAGUGCGUGUUUGUUUACCCAGAGAUUUCUGCCAUGAGUCAUAAUUACAAAACGUAGCAUCAACUCCCUUAACAAAUCCCCGAACAAAAGCUGGUCUCCGUAGCAGUAAGUAUAAAUAGGCGGGGACCAGCAAGGGCAAACAGUACCAGCUCAAGUUUAAGUGCAGAGAAAAUAGACAGCAAGAGGAGAGGGCCUGCAUCCAAGUCAGUGAUGUCUGGGAGCCAUUUCCACAGCGUCCUGGUCACAGGAGCCAAUCGGGGUAUCGGGCUGGAACUGGUGAAGCAGCUCCUAGAACUACGAGAACCACCAAAAUGGGUCUUCGCCACAUGCAGGGAUCCACAUGGAGGAAGAAUCCAGGAACUGAGAUCGCUGGCUUCUAAACAUCCCGGCCUCGUGAUUCUGCAGCUGGAGUCCACGGAUGAGGCUAGCAUCAAGGCUGCUGCGAAGGAAGCUGAGGUCCACCUGGCUGGAAGUGGACUAAAUCUGCUGAUCAACAAUGCGGGCGUCAUGCCCCCAAGCACCCUGGAGUCGGUGACCAAAGAAGAUAUGCUGAGCGUCUACUGUAUCAAUGUCAUUGGCCCAAUGCUGGUGACAAAGGCAUUUCUGCCCAUGCUGAAGACGGCUGCUAAGAGGAGCAGCAGGAAGGGGCUGAGCUGCAGCAGGGCUGCCAUCAUCAACGUCUCCACCAUCGGCAGCUCAAUCGGGACGCCCCCUCCUAUGGUCAUGUUCCCCGUCAUUGCUUACCGCUGCAGCAAGACAGCGCUGAACAUGCUCACGCGGUGCCAGGCGCUGGAGUACAAGGAUGACGGGAUCCUUUGCGCUGCACUUCACCCAGGAUGGGUGAAGACGGAACUGGGAACAGACAAGGCGGAACUGACGGUGCAAGAGAGUGUGCAGGGGAUCAUCCAAGUGCUUUCCAGCCUCUGCGAAGAGCAAAAUAGCCGACUGGUGGACUGGAAGGGGAGGAUUGUGCCCUGGUGAAGCCAGCAGCCAAAGAGGGAUCUCUCCUGGUGGAUGUGUCCGUGUGUCCCAACCCAGGUCAGCUACAAGUAUUGUGGUUGCAUCUAGCUGCCAUGACAGCACUUACAAGAAAUAAAUCACAUGGAUUUCAUAA